AUGACCGAACAAGAGGAAACUGUUACGAGUAAAGAACGUAUUAUUCCUUUUGAUUUGUUGCCAGACGAAAUAUGGCUUCGCAUUUUCUCAGAACUUCCUGUCUCAGCCCUAUGUCGCUGUCGUAGAGUUUCCAAAAAGUGGAACAGUUUGUCGCAUGAUCAAAGCAUCUGGCAAUGCCUUUGUAAAAAUAUAUUACCCGCUUCAUUUCUCGCAAAGAUAAAGCCAAUUGUCACAGCUAAAGAAGAGGAAGCUUGUGAAAAUGACAGUACUGCUACUGCCACGUUCGAAAAGAACAACAAACUAAGUAAUAGUUUUAAGGAUUGCACUAGUUGGGAAAAUACUUACCGUGUUUACUCUAGCACCCAACAAAAUUGGGCUACCUCAACUGCUGUGCGUGUUACUUCCGUCAAAGCACAUGAACAAAGUAUCAAAGUGUUAAAGUUAAAAGGUGAUUUGGUGGUCACAGGAAGUAGCGAUAAUUAUACACGAGUUUGGAGCGUACGCACAAUGGAACGUCUCUUGGAGAUUGAUGUAGAGGCAGAUGUAAAUUCCAUUGACUUUUUAGUAGAGAAGGAUGUCAUUGUGUGUGGAUCUUAUUACGGUGAAUUUGGGUGUAAAUUAUUUUCUUUUUCUCGCGGAAAAUUUUUGGGCCAAUUUAUGGAAAAUCAUUGGGUUGGUACCCAAUGUCUUAGUAUGAAUGAGGAUUAUAUUGUAUUAGGUGCACACAAUGGCGAUAUUUAUGUUAUUGCUUGGUCUGAAGGCAGAAAAGUCGCAGUGUUUAAUGAACAUCGUAAUCCUGUGGCUGGAGUAUGUUUGAUUGGCGCAGACACGAUAUUAUCUGUAUCUACUAACGGUACUAUAGACACUUUUAGUAUAAAACAACAUACACGUCUACAUCAAUAUUCUAUAUCUAAUGGAAUGUCUGUGUGUAUAUCGGCCUUUGAUGAAUUUAGUGAUGGUAGAAACGUAAUGUGUGUCUCACCAACGGGCACUAUAGUUCAUCUUGUUUGGCCAAACAAUGAAACAACCGAAACUGUCGAUUCAUCAUCACAAGAUUUUCAAAUCAUAGACACUGAAUCCAUUCAUCGCAUAUUCUCUCAGGAUCCAAUAAUUCAUUAUAGUAACACCGAAAUAUCUAAUAGAAUAUUAUGUGCCGCGAUUGACGGUAAUUUUAAUCGUGGCGUGAUUGGACAAUGUCUCUCGUGGCCACCAAGAGGUAGUAUACAAAUAUAUGACUUUGAAAAGGGUCUUGGACGACUGGAUGGGAUUCAAAGACCGAACGCCGAAGAUGAUGCACUUGGCAGAGAACAAGGAAGCAAUCCAGUUUUUACAACAUUGGGAAUGGACAUUGAGAAAGUGGUUGCGGGAUGUUCGCGUGGCUGGAUGUAUUGUUUUGAGCUUGUGGGCGAAGUGAACAAGUAUAAAGAAGAAUACAUUAGAGAAAAUCAAUCAACAUCGUCUUCUCCUUUGUUGAAAGAAAUAUGGGAAGAGAUUUAUUAA